AUGGGAAGCAAGAUAUCUUUGUUUGCAGACUGGGAAUCUGCAAUUCGAGUUGGAGUGCUGGACUGUGGGGAAGAAGGGAACUAUGAGACGUGCAAGGAAUACGGGAUUCGCUACUACCCAACCCUGAGGUACUUCAAAGCAUUUACAAAGCAAUUCACAACUGGAGAAAAUUACCAAGGAGGAGAUCGAGAGCUGCAGACCCUUCGUCAGAUGAUGAUCGACUUCCUGCAGAACCAUUCCCAGGAGCUGAGGCCUCCUGCUUGCCCACCACUGGAUCCAGUGUUGUCCAGUGAUCUCCCAUCUCUUUUUGACAAGAGCAGCCACCACUACACAGCCAUUGUGUUUGAGAGCAACAGCUCCUACGUGGGCCGAGAGGUCAUCUUAGACCUGAUCCAGUACGAAAACAUCGUGGUGAGGAGAGCCCUGGAUUUUGAUAAACCUUUCCUGGAGAAACUGGGGAUCACCUCAGUCCCCUCUUGCUACCUGAUACAGCCCAAUGGCAGCCAUGGGUUAAUUAACAAUUUGAAGCCCCUACGAUCUUUCUUUUCUUCAUAUUUAAAGUCACUGCCAGGUGUAAGGAAAAAACUCCUCCUGCCUCUGCAGCUGCCUGCUCCAGAAAACAGAGAGAGCACAGAAAUCAAGGUGUGGAAAGAGUUUGAUAAGUCCAGGCUGUACAUGGCUGACCUUGAGUCAGGAUUGCAUUUCCUGCUGCGGGUGGAGCUGGCCACGCACAAGGCGCUCGAGGGAGCUGAGCUGAAAACCUUCAAGGAUUUUGUCACCAUCUCUGCCAAGCUUUUUCCUGGCCGUCAGCCUGUGGUGAAGUUGCUGGAGACCUUGCAGGAGUGGCUGGUGAGCCUUCCAUUAGACAAAAUCCCUUAUGAUGCUAUCCUGGAUCUGGUCAACAACAAAAUGCGGAUUUCUGGGAUAUUUCUGCCCAGGAAAGUGCAGUGGGUUGGCUGCCAGGGCAGCAGAGCAGAGCUGAGGGGCUACAGCUGCUCCCUCUGGAAGCUGUUCCACACCCUCACUGUCCAGGCUGCACUGAGGCCAAAAGCUUUGCUGAACACAGGCCUGGAGGACAACCCCCAGAUUGUGCUGCAGGUGAUGAGGAGAUACAUCCAGCACUUCUUUGGCUGCAAGGCUUGUGCUCAGCACUUUGAGGAGAUGGCCAGAGAAUCCAUGGAUUCUGUGAAAAGCUUGGACCAGGCAGUUCUGUGGCUCUGGGAGAAGCACAACGUGGUCAACAACAGGCUGGCAGGUGACUUGACUGAAGAUCCAAAAUUCCCCAAAGUUCAGUGGCCAACUCCAGACAUUUGUCCUGCGUGCCAUGAAGAAAUCAAAGGGCUGCACAGCUGGAAUGAGGAGCAAGUCCUGCAAUUCCUCAAGUCCCACUACAGCAGCGAGAAUCUCCUCUAUCAAUACACCCAGAGCCAGGCUGAGCCCAGUGACAACGAGCAGGGAGACACGAGGGAGCUGAAAGACAAAACCCUGCAGAAGAACUCGGGGGGAAAUGGAGAAAAGCAGCUCCAGGAGAAGGAGAACCCAGGAGAUUCAGGCUCCAAGGGCUCGGAGAAGGCAGCGGGGAAUCCUGGAGCUGUCCAAGGUAGCGGCAAAGGCGCAGCUGCAUCCGUGAGCCUCAAAGGCACCAGGCAGGCUGUGUCCUUCCUAGGGAUUGGAUUUUCCAACCUAGACAUGAGUCUGUGUGUCAUCCUCUAUGUGGCAUCAUCCUUGUUUCUGAUGAUCAUGUACUUUUUUUUCCGGGUGAGGUCCAAGCGCUGGAAAGUGAAGUCUCACCGCUCCUCGGUGUAGGAGCUCGCGCUGUUCGUGGCUCUUGGGUCCCAGACACAGCUUUAAUAUUGAUGAUCAGGGAUUUUAUAUGCAGUAUUCCUUGGGUCACACCCCUUUCUUCCUGAGGCAUUUCCCAGGUGUUCAGCUGAGCGGGUGGAGCUGGCCUGGAGAUCCCCAGGCUUUGCCCAGGGCCGCGUCCAUGUCCUCGCACGGGAGCGUCGCAUUCGGCAGUUGAGGUUUUUCCAUGACUUCCCACCAACAUCCUUUACUCAUUUCCAGAGUAAACAUUGCAUUAUGCAAUCCACUGUGCCUGCUGGAGAAGGAAAUUGGAUAUUGUUUUGUGUAUUUUCAAGUCAGGUGUUAUGUUUUGUUUUAAUUCCAUCCAGAGCUGAUUUCACCUCCCGAGUGCUGAGCAGUUCCUCUGGGUGGUACCUUGAGCCUCACUGGGAGAAGCAGGAAUUCUGAUGAUUAUUUUCAGGAAACACAAGUUCUCUUCUGAUUAAAUCAAUUCUAAAGCUCUGUGACUUUCUGAAAUACUAUUUACAUAUUUAAAGUAGGAAGCAUUUCAUGUUCAAAUCAUUCAUCCAUUCUCUGGUGCAUUCCAGCCAAGGAUAUGUGUGUGCUAUCACUAGGAUGAGAGUUUUGGGGCACAAUUAGCAGUCUGAUUCUGAUUGCUAAGUAAUUAUGGUGUUUUCCAGGUGGAAACCAAUCCUGAUGAACUCUAGGAAAGGAAAACAAUGUUUUUAGUGAAGGACAGCAAGGUUUGUGUUACUGUGGCAAAACAGAUUGGAAAAUCUACAAAUACUGAGUUUGUUCUGAUGAAUUUCUCCAUCACAAGAGAGCAAUUAACACUUCCCUUGGUAUUUCCACCCAGAGCUGCCCUGUUCUGGGAUGUCCAGUUCCCUCUAGAGCUCAGUGUGGGGUACUUGGAGCAGCAGUGAGAAGAAAUCAUGGAAACAUUACAAAAUCAUCCUUGGGAGUAGGAGUUGCUGUGAUCCUGGCUGGGGGGGAUAAUUCACGUCCUGGAUAGUGAAGUUUAUAAUCCUAUCCAAUGUAAUUGAGCAUGUUCUGGUUAUCCAUUACCUAAUCUUUAGUUAAUCCUAAUAGGUUUUGGCCUCAAUGUUUUCUCGUGGCAGUGAGUUCUCCAGAUUAAUUAUGUUAUAUAAAAAGGCUUUUCCUUUCAAUUCUACAUUUGCAACUUUUUAAUUUAAUUGAAUGUUUGCUGGCUCCUCUGUUACACGAGAAGGACUGAGGGGUCCCUGGCCAAUUCCCUGCAUUUGUACCACUGCUGUGUCCUCCUCUGAUUUCCCUCAGAACCCCCAGCACAGAAAGUUUGAAGCCUGGCAACAAAAAAAG